GUCUUUUACCAAGUACCUUCUUGGAAGAAAGGAAGAAAAAUUGUAGACGCGUGUUUACAAUGUUCUUUUUAAAAAAAGAUAUGCAUUUUUCGUUUUCCUACACCCCACUCUCAUACUUUCUUCUCUUCGAUCGCAUUCAAACGCAUUACCUGAUGCACUGAUCUGAUUCCUUUUUCUUUCUCUGAUUCAAUUCACUCCUUUCUUAAUCUUCUGUUUAUAGAUCCCAUGAUGUCUUUCCUGAACAAUAAAGGAGCCUCUUCUUCUUUUUCUUCCACUUGCCGAUGGAACUAUGAUGUCUUCUUGAGUUUUAGAGGUGAAGAUACCCGUGAAGGUUUUACCAGUCAUUUAUACAAGGCUUUGUGCGCCAAAGGCUUUCAUACCUUCAUUGAUGAUAAACUUCGGAGAGGAGAAGAAAUUUCGGAAGAACUUAUCCAAGCCAUAAAAAAUUCAUCAAUUUUGGUUAUUGUCUUCUCUGAAAACUAUGCAGAGUCCAAAUGGUGCUUGGAUGAACUUGUUGAGAUUGUUGAUUGUAGAGAAAAGGACCAGGAGGUUCAAAUUCGUCCAGUUUUUUACAAUGUUGAUCCAUCAGAAAUACGAAAUCAAAAGGAAAACUUUGGAAUGGCAUUGGCUAACCAUGAAAUGAAGUUCAAGAAUAACAUGGAUAAGGUGCAGAGGUGGAGGGAUGCUCUAAGAAAAGCAGCUAAUGCAUCUGGAUGGCAUUACAAGAAAGGCUACUCUACAUAUAAAUCUGAAUCUCACUUCAUUCAAAACAUUGUUGAAGAGAUAUCAAGUGCUAUAUUAAAUUGGACACCGUUAUAUGUUACUGAAUACCCAGUUGGAAUAAAUUCUCGUGUAAAGGCCAUAGAGUCACUUUUAGACAUUGGGUUAGAUGAAUUUUGCGUGGUAGGGAUUCAUGGCCUUCCUGGAGUAGGAAAGACUACAAUCGCAAAAGCUGUUUAUAAUAAAAUUGCUAAACAUUUUGAUGGAAGCAGUUUUUUAGUGAAUGUUAGAGAAAAUUUGGGAACAGAUGCUGGCAUAAUCACACUACAAGAGCAACUUCUUAAUGACAUCUUAGUGGAUGAAAAUUUGAGAGUAGGCAACAAAUUUAGAGGAAUCAGUUUGAUAGAGAAGAGACUUCGUUGUAAAAAGAUUUUUUUAAUUCUUGAUGAUGUCGAUGAUUCGACAAGAAUAGAGAAUUUGCUUGGAAAAUAUAAUUGGUUUGCUCCUGGAAGUAGAGUCAUUUUAACAUUAAGAGAUAGAUGCUUGUUAGCUGCCCUUAAAGAAAAACUUUGGAAAACUUACAAGGUCAAGGAAUUCAAGGUCGAGCAAUUAAACAAACAUGAAGCUCUUCAACUCUUCAAAGGCCAUGCCUUUUCGGGAAACAAACUUUAUGAUGAAGACUAUUCUAAACUUGCAACUAAAUUCAUAGAUUUUGCCAAUGGCCUUCCACUAGCUCUAGAAAUAAUAGCUCGUGAUUUGUGUGGAAAAGCUAAAGAUGAAUGGGAAAGUGCAUUAGAUAUUUAUAACAAAAUCCCUAAUGAAGACAUUCAAAAAAUACUUAGAGUAAGUUACGAUGGAUUGCAUGACACAGAGAAAGAGAUUUUUCUCGAUAUUGCAUGCUUCUUCAAAGGUUGGAACAUAGAUUAUGUUGUAAAGAUAUUAAAUGCUUGUGGAUUAUGUCCUGGCUUUGGUAUUCCGAGACUUGUUAAUAAGUGUCUCAUAACUGUUGACGUAAUUGGUGGAUUGUCAAUGCAUGACUUGAUACAACAAAUGGGCAAGGAAGUUGUUAGACAACAAGCACCAGACAUCCUUAGAAAACGUAGCAGGUUAUGUUGUUAUAAGGAUUCACUUAAAGUACUAACUACAGAUAAGGGUUCAAAACACAUUCGAGGCAUAAUGUUGCAUUCGCCUCAACUAGUAGAGGUGCAACUACACACUGAAGCUUUUAGAAGGAUGGAAAAUCUCAAAUUUCUAAUAAUUGAGAAUGUACAUAUAUGUAAACCACUUGAAUUUCUUCCCAACAAUUUAAUACUUCUUAAGUGGCCCUAUUAUCCUUUUCACUGGCCAUUAGAAUAUUUUCCUGAACAACUUGUUGCUAUUGACAUGCCACAUAGUCGCAUCAGAUUGCCAAAGCUAAUCAAGCAGGAGUGCCGCUUAGAAAAUUUGAAAGACGUUAAUUUUCAAGAUUGUGAAUUUAUUAGGAUUUUACCUAAAUUAUGGGCCCCAAAUUUAGAGUAUUUGAACCUCUCUUAUUGUAAAAAUUUAGUUAAAUUACCUAAAUUAUGGGCCCCAAAAUUAGAGGAUUUGAACCUCUCUUACUGUAAAAAUUUAGUUAAAUUACCCAAAUUAUGGGUCCCAAAUUUAGAGUAUUUGGAACUCUCUUAUUGUGAAAAUUUAGUUGAGGUUGAUGAAUGCUUUGGAUAUCUUGAAAAGCUUAGAUUAUGGUAUCUCAGUGGUUGCAUAAAACUUCAGUUUCUUCCAAGCCAACUCAGGUUGAAAUCUCUUAAAUAUUUUAAUCUUACUGGCUGCUCAAGGCUUGAGAAGCUCCCCGAUUUUCAUCGAGAAAUGGAAUGUUUAGAGAGUUUAAAUUUAUGUGGGAGUGGUAUUAGAGAGGUGCCUUCAUCAAUCGAGCAUCUCACUAAGCUUCAUGGAUUAGACCUUGAUAAUUGCAAAAACCUUCGGGAUCUUCCACAUAGCAUUUGUAAAUUGCAACAGCUUCAGUUUUUGGGGACUUCUACUACCAAAUUGAGACCGACAUGCAAUUCUUUUGAUAGCUCUUCCAAGGGCUAUGAAUUAGAUCUUUUGAUGAUGCCUGAUUACUUCCCCGCAUUUAUAGAAUUAUAUCCAUCUGAAACCGAUAUUGUUACCAUCCCUAAAAGCAUUAGCAGAUUUCCAACACUUCGAAUUAUGAAUUUCAAGCUUCUUGGUGAAAUUCUAGUACUUCCACCACCGAUAAGGGUGAACAAUUGCAUGUUGUCGGAUUCUCAAUCAGCAAGCGGGCUAUUGAAACAGGUAAUAGAAAAUAUUGGGAUUUCACCAAAUAGAGUAUGUGGUAGUGCAAGAAGCACCAAUUACUACCCAUCUGAAUCUGAAGGUGGGGACAUAUCAAUGGAUCGGCAGUUCUCCAAUCAUUUCUCAUCUGAAAUUGAGGGCGUUGAAUAUGAAAAUCAGUUCUCCAAUCGUACUAUUAUUUUUGGGGGAACUGAGAUGCCAAAAUGGUUUAAUCAUCAAAGUGUUGAAAAUUCCAUAUUUUUCUGGGUUGGUCGCAAAUUUCCAAAAUUGGCUGUCGGUAUUGUUCUUGGACGACGGGGCUUUUAUGGCUGUGUUUGCAUUUCCAUCAAUUGUUAUAAAAAACGUAAAUAUGAGUUUAUUAAACACUCUGGACAUAAUUGUAAUCUACAUUUAUUUUCUCCAUCUCAACGGUCUCUACAGGAGCAUUUGAAUGAAUCAAAUCCAACUGACCAGAAUCAUGUUAAGGUUACAUAUAUAAUCUAUAGCGGUGCGAAUUGUAUAAAAAGGUUGGGGGUCCACGUAGAAUGCACCUGUCCUCCUCAAGAAUCUGCUAUACCUAACUUGCCCCUUCUAACUGCUGGAUAUGAUGAUGAUGAUGUUGUUGAUUACAUGCGUGAGUUGCCAUUUUAUGUAUCUGAUGAUAAAGAAGAAUACUAGUCUCCUCUGGUCCAUGAUGACGAUGUUGAUUACUGGCGUGAGUUGCCAUUUUAUGGAUCUGAUGAUAAUGAAGAAUAUCAGUCUCCUCUGGUUCAUGAUGACACCUCUAUGUCCUGCAUGAGUUGGCUAGUUGGGCUCACCACCAAGCUUUUUAAGCUAUUUUGCUUUUGCUGGACCAGAGAUUUUUCUUGAAAGGGUAACUGAACUGAGGCCCUUAGGCCUUGGUUGGGUUUUGUUUGUUUUACACUACAAUGGCCUAAGACUUUGUAAACUUCAGUCUCUAUUCAUCGUGGUUUCUGUCUGUUUCCUUCUUGCAUUUGAUGACAAGUUGACUGGGAUGGCUGCAGUUGAAGGCCCCGGAUUACCUUCUGCCUUGGAUAAGGUUAUGAGCUAUAAGCAUCUCAAACUUCAUGGCAUACUGUGAACUGAAGACAAGGGCAGUCUACCAAUCCUUUCCUCACCAAAUCAGCAACUCUGUCUUUUACCUCAAAAUGCAAUGAUUCUUUAGUCGUUGUUGGAAUUGGGGGUCAGGGGAGGAGAACACCAAUUUUAUGCACUACUAACAACAAUAGCAGCAGCAAUGAAAGUAGCAGCAGAAAGAAAAGUGGAGGAGGUGCGGUGCCGAAUUCAAAUUAUGUGGUUCCACUUGACAAAUCAUUUACAUCAACAAACUCAUCUUGCAUCGCUCGCCCUCUUGUUGAGAUCCUUAGAGACCUCAACAAGAGGAUUCUUGACAAUAUCAUCAAAUCCUCUGACGAUGAUCACACUUCCUUCGCCAAUUUCAUCCCCUGGUACCAUGCUAAUCAGAUGUUGAGCUUCUAUGCCCCUGCUACAAUGGGGGAGGGAGGAUUUGACCCGUCUUCGUUGAAAACAUUAGAAGUGUUAGUUACAAGGCUCUUACAGUAAGGGAAACUUGAAGCUCCUUCUCUGCACAUUGAUGAAGUCACUUAGACCCAGACUCGGCUGAACCUGCAUUACAAAUAGCUCUUGAGUGGAGCAAUACAGGAUGAGACACCGUGUCUCCUUCAAGUUGGAGGAAAUGACAAACCUUUCAAGUGCUCAACAAACUGUCUCUUGGCAUGCUUUUCCUCAGGUGAGAAAGAUCCCAGAGACAUUCUCCUUGACCACAGAGUACUUGACCUCAUUCUUUGAUCCACUUGUUGAAGAAACUCAUGCUUUAGAAAUAACUCCACUAUGGUCAGAGGUGUUGUUAGGAAAUGGCUAAGAAAGUUGCCUAAUGAGUAAUGAGUGAUGCCUCAAAGGAAGGUUAUGACCAUCACCAGCCCGAAAUGCUUCUUACAAGUUAUACAUGUCUUGCACAUCUUAACUACAGUCUUUGCACAUUUGUUCUUAUUUCUUAUUGCCGUUAUUUUUCCAAAGUAAUGAAAAACUCUAAGAAAUGGGACACUAGAAAUGAAAAUUCUGGAACAGCUUUCAAGAUUAUCUUCUGCAUAAUCCUAACAAGCAAUGUGGCUCGUUCAAUUAGGUAGCAUCACUGUCCUUUGCCAUUUUUUCUUCAGGUUCAACCUGAAUUACUUGAAUUUUACAACUAGAGAACAAUACUAUCAAAGGCCCAUGUCAAUAUGAAAAUAAAAUUACUUUCAAUGCUUAACUGGACAAAUGAAUUAAAGUUAGAUUUUAUUCAAGUUCAUUAAAAUCCGACUUUUUUAUUCUUUAAGAACAAGCCACAUUGCUUUGGCCAUGGUCUGUUUGUAAUGUUGAUGCAAAAGGGACAUCUCCUAAGAUAGUUCUAACUCCUAUAGAUAAUUCAUAAUUCACCGUUAUCAUAUUGAUGCUCAAGGGACAUAUUCUGAAAUUGCUGCAACUCUCUUACAUAAUCCUGAACUAUCAUAAAUGAGAAAAAUGUAUAACCAAUUCCAUCAAAUAAUGGGAAAGCAAAUUAAAUAAUCCCAUUCAGGGUGAAUAGAUGUUCCCAUUAAAGCAGCAGCAACAAAGGCAUUCUCUCACUCUCUGAACAUUGAAAUCGAUCAAAUGUCAUCCUUCAUCAAAGAGGAAAUGAAUUUUAAGUUUGAAACAAGUAAAUACUCAAAACAUGCAACAAAAUCAUCUUGACUAGUAGUAGGUAAUCCAUGUCAUAUAGGUUCUAGAAAACUAAGAUAUGAUUCGUUCCAACCAUGCAUAUGACAAAGAGAAUUCCCUUGGCACUCCUUUAUGCUAAAUUCUGUGUCAAAAAUUUCAGUUGUAAUAUCAAAAUUUCAUUGUAGUUUUAUUUAUUUAUUAUUAUUAUU